AUGGCCCUCUGCCAUGACGUGGGCUACACUGAAAUGAGGCUGCCCAAUCUACUAGGUCAUGACACCCUGAAGGAAGCUCAACAUCAGGCCAGCUCCUGGGUUCCACUGGUGUCCAAGCGGUGCCACAAGGAUACCAAAAGGUUCCUGUGCUCUCUCUUCGCACCGGUGUGUUUGGUUGAAUUUGUUGAGCCCCUUCCUCCUUGUAGGAGCCUCUGUGAAGUGGUGAGAGAUGGCUGCGUCCCCGUCAUGAGCGCCUUUGGCUUUCCAUGGCCUGAGAUGUUCAACUGCAGUCAAUUUCCACCUGGAAAUGAAAUGUGCAUUCCUGGAACGACAAUGGGAUCGAAAGGUAUGGACGACAAGCUGGACGAACAUGCUAUGGUGAAGUUAAAGGUGAAAGAGUCCCACAUAAAUGGAGGCAACCGAAAGGUGGUACCAGAGGGGCCAAGCCAUGUCAUUCUGAAGAGGUUAAACCGAGUAGAAGAGGAGGAGAUCAACAGGAAGGCCUUCUUGUUGCCAAAGGGUGCCACAUGCACCUGUGGGGAGCUCCUGGAACCAUCUACUACACUAUUGGCUCUUGGCAGAAGAGCAGGAAACAAGCUGCUGCUCAACAGGAUCAUGGGCUGGCACACAGGAGAUGGAGAACUGAAGAGGAUCUUACAAGGAGUCAGAAAGCUGCAGUGCUGA